UGGUCACGUGCCUCAGGAAGUCUUUCCAGUUGGAAACUCCGUGGUCUGAGGCGUUGACGAAAAACGCGAAGAAAAAUGAGUGAUAUUACACCGAAAUAGACGAGUUCACCGGUUAAGUGUUCCGCCACCAUGACGUGCCGUGAUAUCCAUGCCACGAACGCGUUUGCUUUCAUCAUCGCCCUGGUCUCUGUGGGUGGAUUAGCUGUUGCAACUGUCAUCCCUCAGUGGAGAACCACACGUCUUUUUACCACUAACCUCAAUGCCAGGAACGUUACCGUGUACGAUGGACUGUGGACCAAAUGUGUCAGGCGUGAAGGCACAACUGGAUGUUACUACUUUGACUCAGACUGGUACUCCAAGGUAGACCAGCUGGAUCUCAGGCUGCUGCAGUUCUGUUUACCAGCAGGUCUGUUCUUCUCUGGCCUGGCUCUGCUGAUCAGUCUCACAGGCAUGUGCAAGACAGUGUGCUGCUCCAGGACCCCAGACGACAUCAAGUCAGGCCGCUGCAUUGUAAACAGCUCAGGCUGCCACCUAGUGGCAGGGAUAUUCCUCCUGCUAGGAGGCGCCAUCGCUAUGCCACCAUCCAUCUGGUUCCUGUUCCACACACGUGAGUUGAACGCACGCUACGAAAACAUUUUUGCCACAGAGUUUGCUGCGUAUGUGGCUAUUGGCAGUGCCGGUGGCCUUGAAUUCGCCGCCCUGCUGAUGUUCAUGUGGUACUGCAUGUGCAAAAAACUGCCCUCGCCCUUCUGGCUGCCCCUGCCUGAGCCGCCUGCUAUGAGCGGCAGUGUUUCUGCUCAGCCGCUAAUGACCAACGGAUUCCCGCCCCCUGUAACCUACGCUCCUCAGAGCUUCCCCCCUGCUGUUCUAGAUGCUCCAGCGUUUGUGCAAGCCCCGGGUUAUCCACAGGCCAUGCCAGGCCCGCCUCUACCCCCUCAAAUAUACAUGCCUCAGAUGUCAGUGCCUGAUGGAUACGGGUCCGAAGCAGGAGCCUCUCAGGCUUACGGCUACGCCCCUUCACAAAGCUACGCCCCUUCACAGAGUUACGCCCCCUCUCAAAGCUACGCUCCCUCUGUAAGCAUUGCACCUUCUCAGAGGUAUGCUGGACAUCGCUACUCCACACGAUCACGACACUCAGGGAUUGAGAUCGACAUCCCGCUCCUGACAGAAUGACACUGAAAGAAUACACAGAGUUGUUCACUGUGUCGCCCAUAAUAGAUGGGAAGACCGCGAAACUUUAAAUACACACACGUGUCUUAUUUUAAUUCUGCUUAUCUUUAAAACAUAAAAAUAUUUAUGAGAAUAGAUAAAUAACAGAAGGAACACUGAAAUUAUUCUCUGCAAGAUAAAAUCAGGAAGCAUCGGUCACUAAUCCCACCUUAAAGAUGAUCGAAAAUCUGGUAAGAGAUAAUAAAAAGAUAAAUUCACAUGGGAUGAACAAAAUUAAGUUCACUAACUAGUCCACUGGACAGAUCCACUCUCGAGUGUCUUGCCCAGUCCCAUGUUUGUGUUGGAAGUCUAUUUGUUACGUUAAUACAAAUUGAGGAAAAUGUAUGACAGAGUUUAUGAGCUUGUUUACAGAUGUUUCUGUUUUCUUUCUUUCCUUUUUUUUGUUGAAUGAACUUAUCCACCAGAGAACAAAAAAAGAAAAAAACACCAUCAUCAUCACACAAAUUGCCAGGCCAUGAAAAACUUUUAGUCCCAGAAAUCCUGGAUACUAAGUUGUUCACCCCUGAAACAGAUAAUAUAGAUUUUACAGGAAUUCGUUAACAAGUCAAAUUGAAGUAGAAAGCUAUUAUGGACUAAUGGAAGUUAUUCAAAAUAAUAAUAAUGAUUAACAAUGAGUUUUUCUAUACAUCCUGUAAAAAGGUGAAUAUGGAGAAUCUGGAAUUUUAGUAUUUACUUAAGUUAUCAGUCAACACUAAGAUGUAAUGAUUUUAUUUUUUAUUUUUUUUACAUUUUACAUAAAAUUUUAAGUUUUUUACUCUGAAAUGGACAUUUUCACCUAAACUUUAGGCUUAAUGUCUUGGCCACUACUUCACUACUGUCUUGGCCAGAUGAAAAAAUUCUGGUCAACUGUGCUGAAAGACAACGCGUCCAAUAUCUUUUGAUAAGAUUUCCCCCCCUUAUGGUUUACAACCACUCAAAAAAGCCCUCUCACUGUAUGAGCUGUGUAAAUGCUCAGAAGUCACUGGACAAAGCAAGGACAUUGGAGCUGGAACAAAACUGUCAGCUGCUUCACUACACUGUAUUUUGCACUUGAGUUAUACUAACACUGAUGUUAACACACAAUGCUUUCUAGAUUUUUACAAACACUACUUAUGAUUGAUUGUUAAAUGGAAUUGCUGUUGCUUUAGGGUUCUUCCAGACUUCUCAAGCCUUUGUACUUAUUUUGUAGGGAAUUGAACUAAAAAAAGGGGAGCAGCUGUUUUAUUCUUAAAGAAUUGUUACAAUGUGUUGUGCAGCAAGGAAGAGAGAGAGAGAGGAUCUUUUGCCCUAGUUUUAUUAAUUUUAAUGAAGCAUCUCUUAUUAAUGUAUUCAUAUAUUACACUAAUACUGAAGGGCUAAAAAAGUUAUUUAGAUAUUAAGUGCUCGGAUUGUCUGCCUUUUUUUUUUAAUUUCUGAUGUUUUUUGUACUAACUAGUGGUUGUUAUUUGUUAUUAUGUAAUUCUUUACUUGUUUUCUUUGCUUUAUUUGUUCUUAUUUUGUUUGUGUAGAUUUUUGAAUUUCCACCCUUAACGAAUAGUCAGGGUUGAGGGAUCAGCUUAGUGAAAGUGAAGAUGUUAGACUCAUCAUUCCAUGUUAAGAUGAUAUACUGUAUAAAUGUGUUUCAUGAUUAAUCUUUUUUUAUAAAAUGUCCACAUCUCAAAGCAUGGAUUACUUAUGUCAUGUGUUGUGCUUAAUAAAACACACUGUGUGAAAG